UUUAAAUCCCCUUGAACAAAGAUCUCGGCACAGCGAUGCCCUGAUCAGCCGCACCGGCCGGGCUCACCUUCAACGCCCGCCCCUUUGUGUUGCAGAGCCCCUGUUGUGGGUGCGGUUCGUCGCAUUCGGACGCGAUACAAAAAUCAAUGUCGUGAAAAGUGUGUACGCCGGACUCCAAUAAUCCGCGAAUCCUGUAAUUCGCGACGGUCGCAACGCUUCGCGAAAUCCGAAAAUCCGCGAUUUUUUUUAUUGCAUUUCCCCGGUGGCGCAAAACCUCGUGCGGAUUAUGGCGCCGCGGUCGUGCCGACCUCGAAAUCCGCGGCACACCGCUGCAGAUUAACGAUUUUCAAUCAGAAGAAGACAAACCAAGACACACGAAGAGAGACAAAGCAUAGGAAGAUAUUAAAAAGUACCUUAUACAGUACAGCACUGUACUGUAUAGUGAUGUACAUGCACUUGUCUUUUUCCUUCAAUGCAGAAUAAAUUUAUUUUGCAGCAGGGGGAAACGAUAACGAGGAGCAGCAAGAGAAGGGAGAGAAGGGAGGGAAUAGGGGAUACAAAGAGAAGGGAGGAAGAGUAGAAGCAGGGAGGAGGAGAAGACAAGCAAAGAUGUCUUCAGGGCAAGGCAGCAAGGGCCAGACAAAAGCCAAACGAGUCUUCCUUUCCCUCGAAAAGAAAAUUGAAGUCCUGGAGAAGAUCAGGACUGGAAGAUCCCUCCAAGCUAUUGCAGCCGAUUACAACAUUGGCUACACCACCGUCCGAGACAUCCGCGACAACGCGGAUAAAAUCUCCAAGUUCUUUUCGGAACUUCAGAGUGCAAACGCCACAAAGAAGCGCAAGACCACCCGCUCGGCUGACAACAAGGAGCUCGAUGCCAAGCUGUACGAGUGGUUCUUGCAGCAGCGUGCACAGGGCCACCCAGUGAGUGGCCCCAUCCUGUGCGAGAAGGCCAAGGUCUUCUCUGCGAAGCUUCGGUCCAGGCAAGAAGGAGGCGAUGAGGAGGAAGAGGAAACCUUCAUGGCCAGUCAGGGGUGGCUGCGUUCCUUUAAGGAACGCCACGGCAUCCGGCGCCUCUCCGUAGUCGGUGAACGCCCUGGGUCUGAUGUCGAUGCGGUCCGGGAAUACAUCGCUAGAUUCCAAGCGAUGGUGGAUGACAAAGGCCUAUGCGCAUCCCAAAUUUAUAAUGCGGAUGAGACGGGCCUGUUUUGGAAGUCGCUGCCUUCCAAAACAUUGGCUUCCUGUUCGGAAGUGAAUGCUGCCGGCUACAAAUGUAGCAAGGAGGGCAUGACAGUUCUGAUGUGUGCCAAUGCUUCGGGCACACAUCAGCUUAAAUUGACGUGCCUGGGUAAGUCAAGAAAGCUUGGGGCCCUCAAAGACCUCCCUGAGGACUGUCUUCCUGUUCAUUAUUAUGGACAGAGGAAGGCCUGGAUGGACCAGUUCACCUUCAAGGACUGGUUCUUCACCAAAUUUGUUCCUGCCGUCCGUGACAAUCUCUUCCGUGAGAAGUUGGGCUCGCGUGCAAUCCUUGUAAUUGACAACGCCCCGGCACAUCCCUCCGGACAGACCCUGCAGACGCAAGAUGGGCACAUCACUGUUGAGUUCCUUCCGCCGAACGUGACCGCUCUCCUACAACCAAUGGACCAGGGGGUGAUCGCAUUGUUCAAAUGCCUGUACAGGAAGGAGCUUCUACGGAAGCUUCUCAACAUGGAAGAUGAAGACCCAGAAACUCUCAUCAGGCAUUGGAGGGCUCUUUCUAUUAAGGACGCCCUUUUUGUGGCCGCUUCUGCCUGGAGACACGUGCGGAGGGACAUCCUCAACCGGUGCUGGAAGCCAAUCUGGCCCGCUUCUUUUGUGCCCCAAGUCGACUUGGAAGAAGAGGAUGAGCAGCUGUCACCUGUCGCCCUCCAAGAGUCGGCCAGAGAUUGUCUAGCACUUCUGCACGACAUCCCGGGCUGCAGCAGCACCAACCUGGAGGAUGUCACCGAGUGGCUCUCCUCAAAAGACUCCGUGGACCCCGCCUGGCAGGAGAAAACGGAGGAGGAGAUCCUGGCUGGCAUUGGCAGCGAUGACGACGGCGAGGAAGAAGACGAGGCCACCGCAGAGGAGCAGGCUUUUGGAAGGACAACAAGGUGCGCGGCGGCCGUUAGCGCUUGCGAUACUUUACUCGGCUACCUGGAGAAUGCUCCUGUCCCCGAGAAGGAGCAGAGGAAACUUCUCAUAAGGAGAAUGAGGAACGAGAUAGCACUGAGGCAAUCGGCGCUACUUGGCCAAACCUCGAUGUCAGGCUUUGUGGUGCACGAUACUGCUGCUGCUGCUCAUGGGACGCUGGUGCGGCGAUCAAGGAAGCGGAGGCAGCCGUGUACAAAAGCUGCGGCCGCCGCCCCCAGGUUUCCCACACCGAGUACUUCUGGGUGGUCGUGAGCAGGUCGUCCCCGUGUGGCAACAAGUGGCAAGGAGGACAUUUCUUACAGCUGGAGGAUUAAGAUGAUGAGGGGAAAUAUUGUUUACUUAUUGACUAUGGCACAGUAUUACUUGUUCUGUUUUGUCGCCAAUUAUCCACAUUGGAUAAAUAGUCUCUUAAUUAAAACAUUUUUUUAAAUUGCUUUCUGUUUGUUCUGAGCGGAUAAAGCACAACACUUAAAAUGAGACGAUAAAAUGUGUUUUCUGUUCUGAACAUCAUCAGCGGAUAAAGCAUAACAUUAAAGAUGAAACGAUUUAAAAUUU